GUCUAGGAGACAAGGACCUCCUCCACUUCUUUCAGCAGUUCCAUGUCGUCCGGCUCAGAGUGACUCUGAACCCCCGUCAUCCCCGUCACCCCCGUCCCAAAGUCACCGCACCCGCCCCGAAAGUCACACCCGAGGGGUCCCGCCUAUUUGGGCGUAGAGCUACCUGCCACGAGCUGGAAGCAUCACGCGAGCUGCCUUCCUCCACGCUCUCUCUUUUCCACGCCACUCAAUUCAUCUCCGGCUUCCUUCUCAUGCCUACGCGCUUUCAGUCUCUACAACAUCAUUUUCCUUCUGUCUCGUCAUAACAACUUCCGCUCAGACAACACCAAAACGAAAGAGAGAACGAGAAGAAGCACAGCGUCAAGAUGCCGGGCAAGACUAACGGCAUAGGCGUUCAGGUGGAGGAUACCAAGAUAUGCGUCGUCAUGGUUGGUCUGCCUGCUCGGGGCAAGAGCUUCAUCGCUCAGAAGGGUACGUAAAUAUUCCAGCUGCGUAUUUCUGGAAGAAUAUCCGGCAAACGACGCCGCCGCCGCUUCGGCGCAUAUUCACGGCGUUGGUAUUCCGAUUAUUUGGCACUGACGUGUUUGGCACAGCGCAACGCUAUCUGGGUUGGCUCUCCAUCAAGGCAAAGACCUUCAAUGUGGGCAGCUACCGCCGCCAGGAGGACGCGCACCCCUCGGCUGAUUUCUUUGAUUUCUAUAACACCGAGGGCGAGCGUAGACGUCGCGCCGCUGCCGAGAAGGCCAUUGAGGACAUGCUCGCCUGGUUCCGUCAGGGCGGUGUCAUCGGCAUCCUCGAUGCCACCAACUCUACCAAGGAGCGUCGCAAGUGGGUUCUUGACAUUUGCACCAAGGAGGGCAUCGAGGUUCUCUUCGUCGAGAGCAAGUGCGACAACGAGAACCUCAUCAUGGCCAACAUUCGCGAUGUCAAGACUACCUCACCCGACUACCAGGGCCAGGACCCCGAGGAGGCUGCGCUUGACUUCCGCAACCGCAUUCGCAACUACGAGAAGGUCUACAAGACGCUCGACGAGGAUGGCGAUGAGAACGAGUACACCUACCUCAAGAUCAUGGAUGUCGGCAAGCAGGUCAUCAUCAACCGCAUCCAGGACUACCUUCAGAGUCGCGUUGUCUACUAUCUCAUGAACCUGCACAUCCGCCCUCGCUCCAUCUGGCUAUCUAGACACGGAGAGUCCAUGUACAACUUGGAUGGCCGCAUUGGUGGCGACACUGUGCUCUCUCCCCGUGGUGAACAGUAUGCGCGCAAGCUCCCCGAGCUCGUCCGCAAGUCAGUCGGUGACGAUCGUCCCCUGACCGUCUGGACCUCGACUCUCAAGCGCACCAUCGCGACCGCUCGUUUCCUCCCCUCUGACUACAACCAGUUGCAGUGGAAGGCUCUCGACGAGCUUGACUCCGGCGUCUGUGACGGCCUCACCUACCAGGAAAUCAAGGACCGUUUCCCGGAGGAUUUUGCCGCCCGUGACGAGGACAAGUACAAUUACCGCUACCGCGGCGGUGAGUCGUACCGCGACGUCGUCAUUCGCCUCGAGCCCAUCAUCAUGGAGCUCGAGCGCAGCGAGGACAUCCUCAUUGUCACCCACCAGGCCGUACUGCGCUGCAUCUACGCCUACUUCAUGAACAAGAACCAGGCCGACAGCCCCUGGAUGAAUGUGCCCCUGCACACCCUCAUCAAGCUCACCCCUCGCGCCUACGGAACCGAAGAGGUGCGCUACGAGGCUAACAUCCCGGCUGUCAGCACCUGGCGUGGCAAGGGUUCUACGGCCAAGCACGAGAACCCGGUUCCUGAGUAAAUCUGAGGAAGCGAACGUGGGCGUGUCUGUCACGCGGUUUCAGUCUCUGUGACCAAGACAGUUCGAGGUCGAAUCGAGACCUGCGCACGCGAAGGAUUUCCUUUUUUCUCUUGACGACGACGACGUUUUCAGAC